AUGAUGCUCAUUCUAAUAGCUGCUCUCAUCUUGCAGAUCGCUGUGCUGCUAAUAUCCCCGCUAUUCAAAUACCAAUGGCCAUUCUCCCUCUACUACAAAUACGUCUUUCUUCCUUUGUUUCAAGAUAAUGAUAGGUUUCGUUGGAAAUUCUACCUAGUGCCACUGUUCUAUUCCUCUAUAUAUUUGGGAGUUGUACAUCUAGCCAUUAAGAAUGUGAUACCACAGUUGUCUCCAGGACUUAAUUUCUUUGAUUAUUGGUUUUUUAUACCUUUCUUCAUCGUUUUGACUCCAGCAACAGGUAUAUUGGCGGCUAUAAUAGGACCUGAGACCACAAAAAGUUGUAAGAGGAGGAAUAUUGAUAAGUUCAGAUACGAUAAUCUACUGUUUUAUCCCAACAUCAACUGUCGUACUUGUCAACUUCCUAAACCUGCACGUUCUAAGCAUUGCAACGUGUGUAAUCAAUGCGUUCUUGCGGUAGAUCAUCACUGCAUAUGGAUCAACAAUUGCGUCGGAUUGGGGAAUUAUCUGUACUUUUACCUGUUCCUGGUUCUAAACUCUUUAUCGAUGUCAUAUGCAUUCAUUAGAAGUAUGUCUAUCGUUGGGCUAAAGCCCAAUAUAAAAUACCCAAGAUCGAUCUUAGCAUUUAACCUGCUGACUGGAUGCUUUGCAUUGAUCUGUAUAGUAUUCACAUAUCUGCAAUUAUGCAUGGUUAGAGAAGGUAUGACUACAAAUGAGAAGGAUAAGUGGUUUACAAUUCACGAAUAUAUGAGGGAGAAGAGAUUAGUUAAAAGUAGUAGUGGCAAAUGGUACUACGAUUUGACCGAUCGAUUGGAUCUACCUACAGAUCAACACGAAUUUUUCAGUACGAAUCCCUAUGACGGCAGACUUUACAGAUUGCAGAGCUACACGUUAAUAGAGGAUGCAGAACGGAUCAACAACAUCUACGACGAGGGAUCAUUCAUGGCCAACUUAAGGACCCUAUGCUUGACUUAG